UCCUCCCAUUUUUUCUCUCUCCUGCAAGCUGCUUUGGCUUUUCUAAAUCACUCACAGACGUUUUAUUCGGCUUUAGUGAAACCACUCUCGUUUAGACGAUUUGGUGCUAGUGAGAAACUACAAGCGAUAUCAUUUGAUCGGUGAAAAUAAAACCAAAAGUGGAUUUGUUGACAAUUCAUCGACGUUUGCAACAAAGUAGCCGCUCGCGCCGUGGUGGAGUUGUCAAAAGUAACUUUUUCCGUGAGUUUUUUUCAAGAGGGAACGAGUGCUGCAAGCUCCAGGCGCACGGUGCGUUGCAAAAUAAUUUUUUACAGACAAAUUAUCUUCUCACUGUACAAUAGCUCAAUUUUUUGUUUCAUAACAGUGAUUAUCCGGCGGCACUCCAACUGAUUAAUAGCGUCUCCGGGGAUGGAGCAAUCCCGUUAACUUCAUAGCAAGAGCAAAACUCUGUAUAGCGGAGCGGGCUCUUCCCGUCACCGUGCCCGGGCAGUUUGAGCUGGAUAUCCCACCACGGCAAUAUGGGCUGCGGAUUGAGGAAACUGGAAGACCCUGAGGACAGCAGCCCCGGGAAGAUCUACUCCACUCUGAAGAGACCACAAGUAGAGAUCAAAACCGACACCGUUUACGAGUAUGUGCUACUGGACUUCAGUUUGGAAGGUAGUCGCCCCACGGUGCAGUAUGUGUCCACUCUGUGUGAGCUGUCCCAGGCCCUCCAGCCCUACUACACCCAGGGCUACAUCCUCACCACCCUGCAUCCCAUCAUUCUCUCUGUUGGACGCACGCGUUCCCUGCCCUUCAGCCUGCUCUACCGAGCCAUCCUGGCCCGCCCACGACCCAGUAAGCAGGUGGUGUCCAUGUGUCACAGUGUUCCUGUGCUGAGGGUUGAGGAGUGGCCUAUCCCAGGGGAGUCCCUGACGGGGGACACUGUUAGAGCACUCAUCGACAGGGUGAACAGUAGUGCCCGGGGGGGAGUGAGGUUUGUGGGCUCAGUGCUCCAGCAGGCUGGAGGAGGGGGCAGUAACAGCAGGGUGCCUAGCCCCAGGAGAGGCUAUCGAUCCCCUCCACGCACCCCUCCAGGUACCCCUCCUGGAGAAGGAGAACUGGAGGAUCACAGCCCUACCUACAGCCCUGACCUGAGGUUGCUGGUGUUCUUUCACUCAUGGGCACCAGGCUGUGCUCCGCUGGACGCUCUGUCAUGUCAGUACCACCAGGGGGCGCUGUCCAUGCGCGUGUCCAGGAAGGGUCAGGUGGUCAGCGCGCUGGAGGCCGAUUGGCUGGAGCUGACCGCAGCCUACUACCGCAAAGGCUGGUCAUUGGUGGACUCGUUUGUGUACUGGGACACACCCAAAGGUGAGCCCGUGCCCAGGUCUCUAGAGGGUCUGUUUGUCUAUGAGGAGAGAAGCACUGCCCCUCCUGCCAACGACACCAUCGUAGUGGAGCAGUGGACUGUCAUCGAGGGUUCUGAUGUGAAGACAGAUUACGGGCCACUCCUUCACACACUGGCUGAGUUUGGCUGGCUGCUCACCUGUGUCCUGCCCACACCUAUCAUCCGCCAUGACAGUGAUGGUAAUCUGGCUACCAAGCAGGUGGUGUUCCUACAGAGACCAGUCAAGACCUCUUCAGUACCACAGAGGAACCAGGCGGGGUCCAUGCAGAGGGACGUGACCACUCGUUCUGUGAGUCGUGGUGUGGGCGGCCCCCGAACACCCCCCACUGAGGAGCUGUCCCCCACUGCGGGGGGUAUUGGGGGGUUCCCCGUCUUCGGAGGGGGGUACCCCAGCGCCCUGUCCCACCUGGAGGAGGGGGGCUUCGAGCAGGACGACGGGGCGGCAGAGGUCACGUGCAUGUGAACCCUGAAAUUAACACACAGAUGAUAUACAUCCCCCAUCUAUCCCUCUAAUCUCUUCCCUAACCAAGAAGAUCAUAGAUUAGAAAGCAAAACUUGGCACUUUUUUGUUUUUUUAUCAUGAAGCCAUACGUACCAUUUUGAGAUGGUGUUAUUUCCAUUUUUAAACAUUUUGUUGGGAAAAGCAAGCAGUCUGCAUUCACUGACAUUGAGACACUUUUACUCAUACCCACAUUCUUCCACACAUACACUCAGUCCUGAUUCAAAAAGAUCACAUCGUUCACUCUGCACCUUUUCAUAUGAUGAGAACACAGACACCCACAUUCACACAUAACUGUCACCAGCACAAAGCAGGAAGCACAGGACCCACCAGGAAGAACCUCUCUAUGCACAGACAGACAGACCUCUGGACUAAACUCACUGUGACCCACAACACACCUGUUGGACUGAUGUGUCCCAAUGUUUUUGUUCUUCAGUCACUGCUCACAGGUUUCAGACAUUGUUCCUGUUUUGGGAAACCGCCUCAACCGCUCUUCCUCCCUCCCCUUUAGAACUGCCAACACCUCUAUUCAAUCCAAUUCAAUCCAACUGUAUUUACAGUGAGGGAAAAACGUAUUUGAUCCCCUGCUGAUUUUGUACGCUUGCCCACUGACAAAGAAAU